AUCGGGGAGCCCUCGGGAAGGACGGCGGGGAACGGGAGCGCCGGGAUCACCGGGACCGGGACGGGCCAUGGCGGUCGAGGGGGGGAUGAAGUGCGUGAAGUUCCUGGUUUUCUUCUUCAACUUCAUCUUCUGGGUAUGUGGUGUGGCCCUGAUUGCCAUCGGCAUCUACGCCCAGGUGGCCCUGAGUAAGGCCCUGGUGGUCAGCAGUGGCUCCUCGGCUGGGACCCCCGUGGCUAUCCUGGUCCUGGGCGUCAUCAUCUUCUUCAUCUCCUUCUUCGGCUGCUGCGGUGCCUGGAAGGAGAGUUACUGCAUGGUCACCACGUUUGCUGUCCUGCUCAGCAUUAUCUUCCUGGUGGAAAUCGCCGCUGCCAUCGCCGGAUACGUCUUCAAGGACAAGGUGCGCUCGGUGCUGAACGAGGGGCUGCAGGAGGCCAUGCACAAGUACGGAAAGGACCCAGCGGUGACCGAAGGGCUGGACGACCUCCAGAGGAACUUCAACUGCUGUGGGGCCAUCAACUACACGGACUGGGCCAACAUCGAGCAGUUCCAGGCCAAUGACACUGUGCCCAGGUCGUGCUGCCGCGUCAACACCACCACCUGCAACAUCCACCCCAGCCCUGCGACCGUCUACGCCAAGGGCUGCGUGCAGAGCAUCGAGGGGUGGAUGAAGAAGAACAUCCUGGUCGUGGCCGCAGUGGCUCUGGGCAUUGCCUUCUUUGAGAUCCUGGGCAUCAUCUUCGCCUGCUGCCUCAUGAGGGGCAUCCGCAGCGGCUAUGAGGUCAUGUAGCCACCCCAACACCCCCAGAGGUGCUCUGGGGUCCUGGGGGGUCCCCCUCGGCUCUGCCAGAGUGGGGUCCAUGUGCCAACAUCCCCCCGA